CUUUAUUAUUUUCUUUAUAUUUAUGUGAUAUUUAUAUGAUAUUCAUAUACAGUAUCUUUUACAAUAGAAGUUGCAAUAAGAAGACGACAAUUAGCUGCAGUUGCUCUUUUUCUUAUUGCAGAAAGAGAAAAAAGAAAGAAAUAUAAGAGAAAUUGGGCUAGAUAUUGGCUGCAACAUAGAAAUACAGUUAGCAAUACAUUAACAAUGUUGCAUAAAGAACUAAGUAUCGAAGAUCCAAGCUCUUUUCAAAAUUAUAUACGUAUGGAGCAACUUGUGCUCGAGGAGUUGUUACAUGCUGUUGCACCUUUAAUUGAAAAAAAGGACACAGUAAUGAGACAAGCUAUCCCUGCUCAAGAUCGAUUAAGUGUAACAUUACGUUAUCUUGCUACAGGAAAUUCAUUCAUGAAUUUAUCGUAUUCUGUACGAAUCGCUCUUAAUACAUUAUCUCAAAUAAUACCUAAUACAUUAAAAGCAAUUGUUGAAGUACUUGAAAAGAAAGUUUUUAAUUGUCCAUCUAGUCCAGUUGAAUGGCAAGUUUUGGCAGAGAAAUUCAAUAUACAGUGGCAAUUUCCGCAUUGUUUAGGCUCAUUAGAUGGGAAACGUAUUAAUUUCAGACCACCAAGAAAAGCAGGUUCUGUAUAUAGAAAUUAUAAAGGAAAAGAUAGCAUAAUCUUUCUUGCUCUUGUAGAUGCUGACUAUAAUUUUAUAUUUGUGGAUGUAGGCAGAAAUGGUCGUAUGCAUGAUGCUUCUGUAUUUCGAGAAAGUUCUCUGGCUACACAGUUGCAUUCAGGAACAUUAAAUUUAUCUUUGCCAUCCUCUUUACCUGGAUACAAUGUUGAUAUGCCAUAUGUAAUUGUAGCAGACGAUGCUUUUCCUCUUAAGACAAACAUUAUGAAACCAUAUCCUGGACGCAAUCUUACCAAUGAAAAAAAAAUUUUUAACUAUAGACUAAGUAAAGCGCGUAGAACGGUAGAGAACGCUUUUGGCAUUAUGGCAAACAGAUUUCGUAUUCUCUUAAAUACUAUACCUCUUUCAGUUGAAAAGGUAGAAUUAAUUACAUAUACUUGUUGCAUUCUACAUAAUUUUUUAUUACAAAAAAAAGCACAUUCUUAUAUUUCUUUGGAAUUGAGAAACAAUAUUUCUGAGAGUAUCCAAUCAAAUUUGAAUAGUAUUUUACAUCAAAACGGAAAUCGUUGUACUGAUAGAGCUGUUUUAUUAUUAGAGACCAUUUCUGCACAUAUUUUAAUACAGUAGAAACUAUCCCAUGGCAAGAUAUACGUAUUGAAAAAGAUUAAUUGUCUCAUUGAUUAUUAAUAACUUUAUUUUAUCUCUUUAAGCAAAAUUUUUAUUAUUGUUAAUUUUUUAAAACACGCACAUAUAUGUUUCU